GGGAUCUCCUAGGGAAGCCCGGAGCGGGGCAGGGAGCUGGUCCCUCUCUGCGACUCGCUCUACUCUGGCUGGCCGAGUAUCUGGCGCCAUCCUCGCUGGAGGAGGUUGUCGGGGGCGGGCCGGCCAGCGGGGCUGCCCUCCCCGCAGUGACGUCCCAGUGGGCGGGGGGGCGACCAACUGUCUCCGCGCCCUCCCCCCUCCUCCCGUGCGGUCCGUCGGUCCCCAGGAGAUGCUGCUGCGGCGGUUGCAGUGGUCGCGCACGCCGCCGCCCGCCAGCCCGCUCCACCGCCGUAGCGCCCGGGUGUCGGAAGGCGCACCUGAGUCGGGCCAUGAGGCCGGGAACCACGCUGCAGGCCGUGGUGCUGGCCGUGCUGCUGGUGGGGCUGCGGACCGCGACGGGUCGCCUGCUGAGCGGGCAGCCAGUCUGCCGGGGAGGGACACAGAGGCCUUGUUAUAAAGUCAUUUACUUCCAUGAUACUUCUCGAAGACUGAACUUUGAGGAAGCCAAAGAAGCCUGCAGGAGGGAUGGAGGCCAGCUAGUCAGCAUCGAGUCUGCAGAUGAACAGAAACUAAUAGAAAAGUUCAUUGAGAACCUCUUGCCAUCUGAUGGUGACUUCUGGAUUGGGCUCAGGAGGCGUGAGGAGAAACAAAGCAAUAGCACAGCCUGCGAGGACCUUUAUGCUUGGACUGAUGGCAGCAUAUCACAAUUUAGGAACUGGUAUGUGGAUGAGCCGUCCUGCGGCAGUGAGGUCUGCGUGGUCAUGUACCAUCAGCCAUCGGCACCCGCCGGCAUCGGAGGCCCCUACAUGUUCCAGUGGAAUGAUGACCGGUGCAACAUGAAGAACAAUUUCAUUUGCAAAUAUUCUGAUGAGAAACCAGCAGUUCCUUCUAGAGAACCUGAAGGUGAGGAAACAGAGCCAACAACACCUGUACUUCUAGAAAAAACACAGGAGGAAGAUGCCAAAAAAACAUAUAAAGAAAGUAGAGAAGCUGCCUUGAAUCUUGCCUACAUCCUGAUCCCCAGCAUUCCCCUUCUCCUCCUCUUUGUGGUCACCACAGUUGUAUGUUGGGUUUGGAUCUGUAGAAGAAGAAAACGGGAGCAACCAGACCCUAGCACAAAGAAGCAACACACCAUCUGGCCCUCUCCUCACCAAGGAAACAGCCCGGACCUAGAGGUCUACAAUGUCAUAAGAAAACAAAGCGAAGCUGACUUAGCUGAGACCCGGCCAGACCUGAAGAAUAUUUCAUUCCGAGUGUGUUCGGGAGAAGCCACUCCUGAUGACGUGUCUUGUGACUAUGACAACAUGGCUGUGAACCCAUCAGAAAGUGGGUUUGUGACUCUGGUGAGCGUGGAGAGUGGAUUUGUGACCAAUGACAUUUAUGAGUUCUCCCCAGACCAAAUAGGGAGGAGCAAGGAGUCUGGAUGGGUAGAAAAUGAAAUAUAUGGUUAUUAGGACAUAUAAAAAACUGAAACUGACAAUAAUGGAAAAGAAAUGAUGAGCAAAAUUCUCUUAUUUUCUAUAAGGAAAAUACAUAGAAAGUCUAUGAACAAGCUUAGAUCAGGUUCUGUGGAUGAGCAUGUGGUCCCCACGACUUCCUGUUGGACCCCCACGUUUUGGCUGUAUCCUUUAUCCCAGCCAGUCAUCCAGCUCGACCUUAUGAGAAGGUAACUUGCCCAGGUCUGGCACAUAGUAGAGUCUCAAUAAAUGUCACUUGGUUGGUUGUAUCUAACUUUUAAGGGACAGUGCUUUACCUGGCCAUGAUAAAGAUGGGCUGUGGAGCUUGGAAAACCACCUCUAAGUUCUGUUUUCCUUGCUCUGUACACAUAAUCACACAGACAGACAAUCCAGAAUCUUUUCAAAGCCCACGUAUGGUAGCACAGGCUGGCCUGCGGAUCGGCAAUUCUCAUAUCUGUUGUUUUCAAAGAAUAAAGUCAAAUAAAGAGCAGGAAA